GCCCGCGUCCUUUCCUUGGCGUGAUUCCGUCCUGCGCGUCUGCCCUGUGGAACAGCAGGCAGUUGUUUUCCGUCCCGCUUCUCCCACACCGAAGUGCGCGCCUCCACCUCAUGGAAGACUCGAUGGACAUGGACAUGAGCCCUCUCCGGCCUCAGAACUACCUAUUCGGUUGCGAACUAAAGGCUGACAAAGACUAUCACUUUAAAGUGGAUAAUGAUGAAAAUGAGCACCAGUUGUCAUUAAGAACGGUCAGUUUAGGAGCAGGGGCAAAAGAUGAAUUACACAUCGUAGAGGCAGAAGCAAUGAACUAUGAAGGCAGUCCAAUUAAAGUAACACUGGCAACUUUGAAAAUGUCUGUACAACCAACGGUUUCCCUUGGGGGCUUCGAAAUUACACCACCUGUGGUCUUACGGUUGAAGUGUGGUUCAGGGCCCGUGCACAUUAGUGGACAGCACCUAGUAGCUGUAGAGGAAGAUGCAGAAUCUGAAGAUGAAGAUGAGGAGGAUGUAAAACUCCUAGGCAUGUCUGGAAAGCGAUCUGCUCCCGGAGGUGGUAACAAGGUUCCACAGAAAAAAGUAAAACUUGAUGAAGAUGAUGAGGACGACGAUGAGGAUGAUGAGGAUGAUGAAGAUGAUGAUGAUGAUGAUUUUGAUGAAGAGGAAACUGAAGAAAAGGUUCCAGUGAAGAAAUCUGUACGAGAUACCCCAGCCAAAAAUGCACAAAAAUCAAACCAAAAUGGAAAAGACUUAAAACCAUCAACACCAAGAUCAAAGGGUCAAGAGUCCUUCAAAAAACAGGAAAAAACUCCUAAAACACCAAAAGGACCUAGUUCUGUAGAAGACAUUAAGGCAAAAAUGCAAGCAAGUAUAGAAAAGGGUGGUUCUCUUCCCAAAGUGGAAGCCAAGUUCGUUAAUUAUGUGAAGAAUUGUUUCCGGAUGACUGACCAGGAGGCUAUUCAAGAUCUCUGGCAGUGGAGGAAGUCUCUUUAAGAAAAUGGUUUAAACAGUUUGAAAUAUUCUGUCUUACUUCAUUUCUGUAAUAGUUGAUAUCUGGCUGUCCUUUUUAUAAUGCAAAGUGAGAACUUUCCCUACUGUGUUUGAUAAAUGUUGUCCAGGUUCAAUUGCCAAGAAUGUGUUGUCUAAAAUGCCUGUUUAGUUUUCAAGGAUGGAACUCCACCCUUUACUUGGUUUUAAGUAUGUAUGGAAUGUUAUGAUAGGACAUAGUAAUAGUGGUGGUCAGAUGUGGAAAUGGUAGGGAGACAAAUAUACAUGUGAAAUAAACUCAGUAUUUUAAUAAAGUA